AAAUAAUAAAACUGCAGUAGAUUAGUGCCAUUUCGAUUUUCAACGGCGUGUGUUUCACGUGUUUUGGCUACAAAUCUGACGCAUAUGACCGCGUGGUUGCUAACCACGCUUGUUUUUAUUUCAGCUUUAUUUUCGAGUUCUGCUUGGGAAGAUGGACACCCCCAGCAAGAAGAAGAAGAAAUCUGUGGCAGAUGCUCAGCAUGAGGGCAACUUCAAGCUGGAGCCUUCCUCUGAGCCAGCGAAGCUGGACUCUUCACAGUGGCCUCUACUCUUGAAGAACUUUGACAAGCUGAACGUGCGCACGAACCACUACACGCCUCUGCCGGAGGGUCACUCGCCGCUGCGCCGGCCGCUGGCCGAGCACCUGAAGGCCGGCUUCAUCAACCUGGACAAGCCAUCCAACCCGAGCUCACACGAGGUGGUCGCCUGGGUGAAGCGGAUCCUCCGCGUGCAGAAGACGGGACACUCGGGCACACUCGACCCCAAGGUUACCGGCUGUCUGAUUGUCUGUAUUGAGCGUGCGACCCGCCUGGUGAAGUCGCAGCAGAGCGCCGGAAAGGAGUACGUCUGCAUCUUCCGGCUACACUCCAUGGUCGAUAAUGUACAAAAGGUGACUCAGUGUCUGGAGCGACUGAAGGGCGCGCUCUUCCAGCGUCCGCCUCUGAUAUCUGCCGUCAAACGUCAGCUGCGCGUGCGCACCGUGUACGACAGCAAACUGAUCGAGUACGACCCAGAGAGCCAAAUGGGUAUUUUCUGGGUGUCGUGCGAGGCGGGCACCUACAUCCGCACCAUGUGCGUCCACCUGGGCCUUUAUCUGGGAGUCGGCGGUCAGAUGCAGGAGCUGCGGCGAGUACGGUCCGGUAUUCAGAGUGAGAAGGAGGGCAUGUACACGAUGCACGACAUCCUGGACGCCCAGUGGCUGUACGACAACCACAAGGACGAGUCGUACCUGCGCCGGGUCGUACAGCCUAUGGAGGCGCUGCUCACCUCACACAAACGCAUCAUCAUGAAGGACAGCGCCGUGAACGCCGUCUGUUACGGCGCCAAGGUGAUGUUGCCCGGAGUGCUGAGAUACGAGGACGGCAUCGAAAUCAACGAGCAGAUCGUCAUCGUCACCACCAAGGGAGAGGCCAUCGCGUUAGCGAUCGCGCUGAUGACCACCGCCACUAUGGCGUCGUGCGACCACGGUGUGUGCGCCAAGCUGAAACGGGUUAUCAUGGAGCGGGACACCUACCCGCGCAAGUGGGGACUCGGACCGAAGGCCACACUGAAGAAGGAGAUGAUCAAGAAGGGCCUGCUGGACAAACACGGCAAGCCCACGGACAAGACGCCCAAGGACUGGGCCGUCAGCUACGAGGACUACAACGUCAAGAAGGAGACCCCCGUCGCGGAGGUGGAGGAUGCGCCCGCGCCACAGAAGAAGAGGAAAGCGUCGGAGAGUGACGCCGACAUGGACACCUCCGUAAAGCAGGAGCCCUCAGACGAUGUGGAGGUAAAGAAGGAAAAGAAAAAGAAGAAGAAGCACAAGAAAGACCACGAAGAGAGCGAGCUCAACGGAUCUCAGGCUGAGGCUGCUUCCGAGGAAACCGGAGAAAAGAAAAAGAAGAAAAAGAAAAAGGACAAAAAGAGGGAGGAGGACGAGUGAGGGUGUCUCAGUGACUGUCCGGGUUGUUUUUCCACAGUGUGCAAAUGUGGAACUGUGUCGGGAACAGGGAACGGAUUCCUGUGCCUCUGGCGGCUAGCGCCGGGUCAUUUUUAGACAUUUUUAUGACCAGAAUGUCAGGAUUAUCGGGCGGGUGGAUUGCCACCCCGCUCACCGUUGCCGCUACUGCCGACUGAGCUGAGAGCGAGUGAGAUGCGCCUGCGUUCCGUCGCCCGAGCGGGCUGUAAGAGAGCUACCCGAACUCCGGGGCGACGGGCCGGCCGGCGCGGCGUCUGCCAUCGCCACACGAAAAUAAAGCGUCAUCGUCAUACUGAG